UGUCAUUUGUCAAUAAAGUCAGAUUUGCUCUUGCUGCAGAGUGUGUUUCCUUCAUUUUUGCCUUGUAAUUUAAAUAUUAAUUACAUUUUCUUUCGAGUUUCGAGCGUCGGUCGUGGCUUAGUUAGCCGGUUGUGAAUUUAAAUAAUUGGAACAGCGAAUUGAUGGAGAUCGAAAUCUUGAACACCAAGGGCUCAAAGCCCGUGGGCAAAAUAGAUGUUAGUGAAGAUGCGACCAUUGAAAAUGUCAAACAAAAAAUCUACCAAAACCUUAAUAAGAAACUGUAUCCAGACAGACAGGCCAUCAAGCUGGAAGCGAAAGGAAAAUCUCUGAAAGAUGAUGAUAAAUUGAAGUCUUUGAACAUUCAGAACGGAUCGAAGCUGUAUGUGAAAGAUUUAGGACCUCAAAUAUCAUGGAAGAAUGUGUUCUUGGCUGAAUAUGCAGGACCACUGUUUGUUUAUUUGUGGGUUUACCAGAGACCCUGGAUUUUCUACGGAGUUCAAACUACUAGUCCUGGACAUGUCGCUAGUGUGGCGGCUGUGUGUUUCUCGGCUCACUAUGUGAAGCGCAUCUUGGAGACGUUGUUCGUGCACCGGUUCUCCCACGGCACGAUGCCGCUCAUGAACCUGUUCAAGAACUGCAGCUACUACUGGCUGUUCGCCAUGUAUGUGGCAUACCACAUCAACCACCCCCAGUACACGCCCCCUGGCACUGCCACCUUCUAUGUGGGACUCACAGGGUUCAUUCUGUGUGAAGUGGGCAACCUGAGCAUCCACCUGCUGCUGAAGAACCUGCGUCCUCCAGGCACCAAGGUGCGCAAGAUCCCAGUGCCCGACAGCAACCCCUUGACCAAGCUCUUCGACCUGGUCUCCUGUCCCAACUACACCUACGAGUUUGGCUCCUGGUUCUUCUUCACUGUGAUGACUAAAUGCAUUCCAGCGGGUAUCUUCGCGGCGGCGGGCUUCUACCAGAUGGCGGUGUGGGCGCUCGGCAAGCACCGCAACUACAAGAAAGAGUUCCCCGACUACCCCAAGGGACGAAAGGCCAUCAUUCCCGGCCUGCUGUGAGCGCCACUACCCGCAGUAAGCCCCCCAUUCCACCUUCUCGCCAGAGGGACUAGUUUAACUCAUCUAGCUGUUAGGUAGUUAGCGUGUGAAUGAAAUUAUCGAGAAAUAUGUAUUUUGUUUUCUGUACGAUUUCGGUUAAGGACGUCAAUGGGUGAAGGUUAGCUAUUUAUUACUUCGCAUUUGUUAAUUUUUACAAGAUUUAUAUAGAAGUAACAUUGAGUUUCUUAAUAACGAGGACGUGAAGUUAUUAUUUUUUAAAGUCACAACGUUUUUAUAAUAAAAUUGCAAAUAUAAUAUUUGAGUAAA